CUGCUGAUAUCCUCCGUCCUCCGCCGUCUUUCCUCGCCUCGCCUCGCCUCCACAAUCCACCCUGCACACACACGAUCGAGUAAUAGACAAGCAAGACCAGAGAAGUUUGGGUUGCUCUCCCUAGUAUGGCUGUUCAGAACGGCAGGGCGAAGAGGCCCAAGAAGACUACAUCCAAUGGUCAUCUGAAUGGUAGCGCUAAUGGCCAUAUUGAUAACUCCAUUUCCUUGACCUCACCGAAGGCAAAGUCCCGCAAUUCUUUCUUCGGGAGCUUGAUAAACUUUGCUGCAAGAAUUGCAACAUGGUAUAUCAUCGUUACGUUUGCCUUCCGCUGCCCUCCUUCUAUAUCGAAGCUUUCUUCCGAGUCCCCACGGAUCUGCGAGCCAUAUCUGUAUGGAAGGGCAUACGUCACUCCAUACCUCGACCCUUACUAUCAACAAUACGUAGCACCGCAGGUGGAGAAAAUCCAGCCAUACGUUGAUCGCUUCGACGCUCAAGUAUAUACACCUGUUGCGAGCUUCACCAAGGAUCAAUAUGCCAAGCACGGCGCUCACCGCGUUGCUCAAUCUCAGAAAUACCUGGAGGCUGAAUGGGAUAAGACGGUUCGCCCUCAAUUGGAGAAUGUGCAAGCUCAAGCGAAUGCUCAGUAUCAACAAUACCUUGGGCCCCACGUCAAACAGGCCUCUGAUGUCGUUGUGCCUUACCUUCAACAAGGCAGAGAAAGCUGCCUCGAGAUCUAUCAUCUCACCAUCUUACCCGCCUACGAAGCAGCACUUCCUUAUGCGCGCCAGGGCUAUGUCCAUGGCAACCGCAUCGUCGCACAUGUCAUCUUCCCAUAUGUCCGUGCUGGCAAAGAUUACACCUAUGCGUUCCUAGCGAGAACUGUCUGGCCACAGCUUCGUGUAUUGUAUGGCGACAAUGUUGAGCCACAGUUAGUGCGCAUCCGAGAACGCCUCGGAAGACAUCGAGAUCAACAGAAGCUCGAGUCUAUCAUUGAUGCUUUGGACUCCGAAUCAUCUACGGUUCUCGCAGUCACCGAUUCCCCCUCGUCCUCCACUAAAAGCAGUUCGUCCACGAAGCCUACACCUACAUCCGAUUCUGCCAAGCCCUCUAAGUCAGGCUCUGGCUGGGAUAUCUUGAAUGAUCUCUGGCCUGGUGAGGCGGAGCCGAAGGAGAAAGGAGGCUCGGGGACCGAAGUACAAGAGGCGACAGACACUCAGCCUGCCGAGCCAAAAUUGACCGGCGCGGAGCUUCGUGAGAAGCUCAACAAUGAUCUACGCGAAUGGCAGAACAAGUUCGCUGUUGCCGCUGAUAAGGGUGCCGAGGAUCUCGAACUACGCGUGGCCGAGAUCACGGAUCGUCAGAUUGAGAAUGGUGUCAAAGGCCAUGGUGCCGCCUUGACGGUACAGCUCGAGGAGAGCGCCAACUCUUCCAUUGAGAAGAUCAAGAACUAUAUUAAGCAGACCGUCGAAUCGAUUCCAGAGGAUGCCACCGAGCAGGAUCUAGAGGCUGCGUAUGAACAGUGUAUCGCACGAACCCGCGAACUUGGUUUCGUAGUCAAGCAACGCGCUCAGGCUAUUCGGGAAUGGAAGGCUACAUACGACCAAGAGACGGACAACCUUGUUCGUGCAGCAGUUGCAAGCACUGUGGAAAUCCUGGAGCGCAUCCACAACCUGGGUCUACAAGAUGUGGGAAUGCGAUGGGCAUGGACCGACGGCGUUACCGUGAAAGACUGGAAGAACUAUCACAAGCUACGAAACACCCUCACGGAGUGGAAGGAGGAGGUAGAGCUCGUUGGCGCUCGACAUGAUGGUCUGCGUGUUGCUCACGAGGAGGCUAAGGCACUCGAGGACAAAGCGAUGGAGAUCGCACAGAAGAUGGUCACCGAGCUUGUCCAACUAAAAGACGUUUCGAGAUGGAAAAUCUGGGCAGGCGAUGCCACUGAUGACUUUUCCGAGAAAAAGGUUCCCGUUCGAGUUUUCAAAGCCGCAAAGGACGCUGCUAGUGGUGUUGAGAAUGUUGCAUCACAGGCUUCUGAGGCUGUCGUUGGUUCAUCUACCCCUUCGGCCGAGUCCAUUCAGGACGCGGCUGCCAGUGUUGUAUCUUCAGCCGAGGAGAAAGUAGGCGAGGCUUCGUCGGCUAUCUCUGAAAUUAUUGUUGGCUCAGAAACCCCAUCCAGCGAAAGUGUGGUUUCGAAGAUUCAAGAAUCCGCCUCUGAAGCUUCAUCCCAAGCAUCUGAGACCAUUGUAGACACCGAGUCCACCGUCACCAGCGACAUUGCGGAAGCAAGUGAAAGUGUCAAGUCUACGGUCGAGGAGGCUGCUGAAGAAAUCCCGGAGAAGCCCGAUUUUGCAUCGUCGGAACCCAAGCAGCAGAAGGUGCUUGGCGGAGUUAUGGCACAAGCCGUAGUAGAAGCAAAAGAGAUUAUCUUGGACCAGGCCUUUGAUGACGAUGACGAUGAGACGUAUUCUCAGAAGAUUCAAGAUCUAGCUGCUGAGGCAGGAGACCGGGCCGCCGAGUUGACCAGGGCAGUGAGCGAAGCCCUUCUCGGCACUCCCACCACUCAAGGUUCGGUUGAGUCUGCUACUUCACUAGCAAGUGAACAGUAUGCAAAAGCGUUGGCCGCUGCGUCCAGCGUACUUUAUGGCACUGAGCAACAGCCACUGGAAAGUGCAACCAGCGUUGCAUCAGAACAGUUUGCAAGAGCCGUCACCGCGGCAUCGUACGCCAUCUACGGUACACCAACUCCCACAGCCGUCUUCCAAACAAUUCAGAUUCAAGCCAGCUCUCGCUACGACCAAGUUGUCAGCCUCGCGAAUGAGCAACUUUCCAGUGCUAAAUCUCAAUUAUCCGUGCUGGCAUCUGGCACGACCAAGCCAGCUCACGAGACUAUGCUUUCGCUAAUUGAGAAAGCUUAUUCUGACUCUGUGGCUGCUGCCAGCGAACGACUCCAAGUAGCGUUGCAAUACACCGACUCCGUAAAGAGCUACGCUGCUGGACCAACACAAGGCUACUUUGAGUCCGUUUCGUCCGUUGCAGCAUCGAAACUUUCUGAGGGUAUCAGUGCAGCUUCAGCACAGUUCACUUCCAAGCCCACUCCAGCUCUUGACAACGCCCACCGGCAAUACUACGAAGCUAUUGGUCUUGCUCAUGCUCGGUAUUCCGAAUUCCUUGAAGCUGCUUCUAGCGGCAUCUACGGCCUAGAGCAAGGCACUGUCGAGUCGAUUGCAUCGGUUGCUUCCGAGUCUGUAGCAUCCGCUGCCUCACAAGCCAGCUCGACCAUUAUCGGAACCGAAACUGCCUGGACUGAAUCGCUCGCGUCGCAGGCGAGCCAAAACUGGGAAGCGUUGAUUGCUAAGGCCAGCACCCAGGUGUACGGAAAGCCAACUCCCUGGCACGAAUCUGCUUACUCUCAGGCUAGCGUUUAUGGAGCCCAGGCAACCGCCCAGGUUACUGAACAGUACGCAGCUGUCCAUGCUCUUAUCUCUGAGUUAGUGGUGGGUAAGGAGCCCGACUUUACGGAGAGUGUCAUGAACCGGCUCUCCUCCGCAUACUAUACUGGACUUCCCGCAGUUGUGGAGUCUGUCAAUUCUUAUGCCGGAGAGGGUUACGAUUCUGCAACGUCGUACGCUUCUGAGGCAUACGCUUCCGCUUCGUCGGUAGUUAGCUCAGUAUUCUCGCCACCUCCUGCUGUGGAGACUAUUCUCAGUCAAGCCAGCGAGCAACUGGAACUGGCUGUCGAAAGCGCGUCGAUUGCAAUCUAUGGAACACCAAAAGGCAACUUUGAAAAAGCCAGCGAGGCAGCUGCGAGUGCUUAUUCCUCUGUACAAUCCAAGGCCAGUGAAGCGGUUUACGGAACUCAGAAUGCACAGGAUCACUUCGCUGGAGUUGCUGCAAGCGCACAAGCAGCCAUCAGCGAAGCCAUUUGGGGCACUCCUACUGCAGCUGACUACGUUGCCUCUGUUACUAGUGGUGCAGGAAGUGCUUACAGCUCCCUUUCUUCUGCUGCUGGCGAGCAAGCAGCCAAUGUGGCAUCGGCUUUGAGCUCCGCUGUCUAUGGCCCCGAGCAAGGCGCCAUCGAAAGCGCAAGCAGUAGACUAGCUCUUGCAGUUGAGGCAGCCAACUCGAAACUCAGCGAAAUUUAUGCGGAUGCGGCGAAAUCCGCAGAAGAGGCAGCGAGCACCGUCUCCAGCGUCAUGGCGGAUGCAACGCAGAGAGUGAGGGAUGAGUUGUGAAAGCUGCCAGACCUUUCACGGGCAGGGUCAUUCAUUGACCGUGCUACCUCGUAGGCAUACCUCUGAGUUGCCACAACCUUCCGAUGAUCGCGACCUUCGUGGGAGAUCUA